AACAUGGCGUCCCGCGGCAGCUACCUGUUAGUUUGAAAAGCGACACUUCCUGAAUGAAACACUAAACCUUUAAACUGAAGUCCUGUUGUCUCCGUUUCAUCUUAGGGUUGGGUUAAACUGGCAGCACGCUAAUGCUAGCGGCAGCUAACUCUGCCGGAAGUCGCUGCUGUGACUUCCGGCGGCGGUGCUAACAGCGUUAGCCCCACAGGUGAAGCCUGUCCCAGGUGUUUGUCUUCAUCAUGUCUUCAGUUCAGCACCUCAGGGAGUUCAUCAGCCAGCGGCUGACAGCUGCUGCUGAAGAAAUCUUCUCCGAGUUUGAAAAAACCAUCGACCUGCUGGAAACCAACCGGAAACCAGGGAGGAGCUCCGAACCUGCAGAGGUCCAGGACCUGCAGGAACCAGAACCUCAGGCCGGGUUCUGGAGCAGGCAGGAGGUGAGACGGUUCCUCCUGGAGGAGACUGGAUCCUCUCUGAUGGACUCAUCUAGACCUGAGGAAACACCUGGACUCUGUGAGACCAGCAGGGUCCAGGUCCAGGAGGAGAGAGGGGGUCAGCGUGGACCGGUCCAGAAAAACCUUCACACAGCAGGUGUGGACCCGUCCCAGUUCUCAGACCCACAUCAACAUGUCCCUGAGGAGGACCCUGCUGGGACGGACCAGCAGCUCUGUGAGCAGGACAGGAAGUCCAGUUUGGUUCUUGAAGAGGAGCAGGAACCUCCACAGCUCAUGGAGGACCAGGAGAACCUCUGCAGCUCUCUGGAUGAGGAGCAGCUGGUUCUGAAGGAGGAGAGGGAUAUUUUCAUGGUGACUGUGAACUAUGAAGAGAGUGACGACAGUGGAUCAGAACCAACCAGCACCCGGAUCUUCUCUGCUUCACCUCCUUUCAAAGAAGAACCAGGUUUGGAUGUGGAAGAAAUAAAACCCUACGUUUGCAGCACUUGUGGAAAAAUAUUCUUCGACUUGUCGUUACUUAAUUUUCACCAGAAAACUCAUGAAGCAGAGAGACCAUACUCCUGUCAAACAUGCUUGAAAGGUUUCCGUCGGCGCGACAGCUUGAUGCGUCACAUGAUAACUCACACGGGGGAGAGACCAUACUCCUGUCAGAUCUGCGGGGACAGGUUUGGACUGAACAGUCAUUUGAUGCGUCACAUGAGAACUCACACGGGAGAGAAACCGUUUUCCUGCAGCAUCUGUCAGAAAAGUUUCAGCCAGAGCAACAGUUUGACCGAUCACAUGAGGAUCCACACAGGUGAGAAACCCUACUGUUGUGGAGUGUGUGGGAAACGUUUUGUUCAGAGAGGAGCUUUAACCGUUCACACAAGGACUCACACCGGAGAGAGGCCGUACUCAUGCAACCUGUGUGGGAAGAGUUUCAGGUCCAGUACCAGCCUACUGCAUCACAUUCGGACGCACACGGGGGAAAAACCUUACUCCUGUAAAACGUGUGGGAAAAGAUUCAGUCAGAACAGCAACUUGGUGACCCACAUGAGAAGCUCUCACGGGCCAGGGUUCCUGGACCCAGACCCUGAGACCAGGGAGCCUGGACCCAGACCCUGAGACCAGGUAGCCUGGACCCUGAGAGAGUUUCAUCUCAGAAUGUGAGUUUGUCGUGUCCCACUUGAAGUGAAUUUUAUAAAAUAUAAUGUGUGAAGAUUCUCAGAAAUCUUUCAGUUGUUCAGCAGAAGCUGCCGGGUCACAUCCUGCAGGAGUCCUGUCAGAAUAAGAGCUGCUGCAGGGUCACAUCCUGCAGGAGUCCUGUCAGAAUAAGAGCUGCCGCAGGGUCACUUCCUGCAGGAUUCCUGUCAGAAUAAGAGCUGUCGCAGGGUCACUUCCUGCAGGAGUCCUGUCAGAAUAAGAGCUGUCGCAGGGUCACAUCCUGCAGGAGUCCUGUCAGAAUAAGAGCUGUCGCAGGGUCACAUCCUGCAGGAGUCCUGUCAGAAUAAGAGCUGCCGGGUCACAUCCUGCAGGAGUCCUGUCAGAAUAAGAGCUGCCGGGUCACAUCCUGCAGGAGUCCUGUCAGAAUAAGAGCUGCUGCAGGGUCACUUCCUGCAGGAGCCCUGUCAGAAUAAGAGCUGCCGCAGGGUCACAUCCUGCAGGAGUCCUGUCAGAAUAAGAGCUGCAGAUCAGUGAAGGUUGUGUAUGAAGACAGGUGUUUUCGGCGCUCAUGGGGACGAGACGUUUGGAUCUACACUUCCUGUUUGAACCCAUCUGAUCCAGUCUUGUUCUGUAGUCUGUCCUGUUAGUGUUCUGUAUUGUUAAAAUGUCUUUUUUAAAUAAAGUUUGUUUUAAAUGAAGA